UAUGCGCCUGCGCACUACUGCAUUAGGACCACAGUCUGGAGCAAAACGUACGACGCAAAUAGUAGUGAGGAGCAACCCCCCUGUCCUGCCAGUUCGGGAUGUUGUGUGUAUGUGCAUUAGGUUGGUGAGUUGACUUCAUGUCAGCACUGUCAGGAGGUGGGAGGGUCUGCAAAAUCAAACCCUCUGCCCAAAUUCAGUAACAACGGGGACCCCAGUUGAAACCUCCAACUUUGAACUCCCUCAUGUUCUAAAGAAAGGGAUUUAUUUCCAACAUGGAGGGUGUAGCAGUGGACAACCUAAUAGAUUUUGACCUGCCCUCAGAGGCCACAGCUCUAAGUGUUAAUGCAGGCCAACACCAUGGGCAUACAGACAUUUUCUCCCAAGAGCCAGCAUCUUCCAUUGGCAUUUACCAGCAGCCCUUACUACCAGAGCCCAUGGUGCCAACCAAGCCCAGCUCUCACCACCACCAAGAGGGAGGAGACAAUGACAGCGAUGCUACAGAGUCUGCAGACAGUGAGAACGACAUGGACCCGACUGCUCACGUGUGGGAACUGAGGAGGUCAUCAUCUUCAUCUGCUCACAGUGGGGAGGAUGCUGACGCUGAGACUUUGGAGAGGAGGCAGUUCAUGAAGGCCUAUGUGGAGAAGGUGUUUCAUGGAAAGGAGGACUUUGACCAGGAAGAGAAGGCUCGUUUUGGAGAGCUGUGCAGUGGAGAGAAUGGCAAAGGCAGGGAGUGGUUUGCCAAAUAUGUCAGCGCACAGCGCUGCCACUCUAAAUGUGUGAGCGAAGCCACCUUCUAUAGACUGGUGCAGUCUUUUGCAGUUGUACUGUUUGAAUGUUACCAGAUGGAUGACUACACCCCAGCCAAAAACCUCAUGACUAUGUGCUUCACAUACUACUACAUUGGGAAGUCCCAGCCGUCCCCUUCAGAGCUACUGGAUCGUGGUGGUCCUCCAGCUGGUCUGGACUCGUAUCUCAACAAGGCCAACUCAUGGUUGUCGGGAAAGAAGGAUGCAGCUGAGCGCCUCCUUAAAAACACAUCUAAAGCUGACGUUAAAGGCUUCUUUGGAGGCCUAGAGAGCAAACUGAGGAGUACAGUAGCUCCCAAGACUGAAGAUGGGGAGAGCCCAGUUGAGACCACAUCCAAAUCACCAGUGUCUGAGGCUCCAGAGGAGAAGAAAGGAGAAAAGGUGUACCUGUACGCCCACCUGAAGCAGCAACCCAUCUGGCAUACACUAAGAUUCUGGAAUGCUGCUUUUUUUGAUGCUGUUCAUUGUGAGAGGACAAAAAGAUCACCGACCACAAGGGGAACGCAGGAUGAAGAGAAAGACGAGAGGGAGAAGUGGUGUCAUAUGACCCAGGAGGAGAGGGAUGACAGCUCCAAAAUUGAUGAGAACAUUGCUUUCGGCCAGCUGGGGACAUUCACUCACAACAUGCUGGCAUUUGGGCUCAGUAAGAAGCUCUGCAAUGACUUCUUGAAGAAGCAAGCAGUCAUUGGGAACCUGAACGAAGAACAGUACAAGCUGCUGAGUGACCACAUAGAGAAAAUGGCGGUAGAGUGAGUAUGAAGACGAUUCGUUACAUUUCAAAGUUUCCACCUGACAGACUAAAGUCUCACCGCUCGUUAUAGUGACCACCUCUUUGUUUGAAUGUUGUGUUUGUGUUGUGUACCGCUGAAAAACAGCAUAACCUACAGUACUGAUUUGUGCCAUAGUUGUAGCGAACCCUGUUUAUUCAGCGUGGCGGUGCACCUCUGCACCCUGUCCUGUAUCAGCAAUAAUACAUCAUCAGCUGGUGCAGUAUCUGUCUGUGACCUGCUCUACACAAACUGGAAGCCAAAAGUCAGUGAAGUAUGAAAACCAAAUGGCCUCAAUAUGCUGUCAGACACUUUGGAUUUCUACAUCAUAUGCAGGAUGUGUGGAUUAUAUGCUGUUUUAUUCUGUUUCCAUAUUUGUUACAUCUGACUGCAUCUGUUGAGACACUAUGAAGUAUUGUUAGAUUUUACACAUACGUAUAAUACAUGGCUCGUAGUGGUUAUUUCUGCUCUUCAGGUGGUGUCAGGUCUCUUCUUUUAAAUACAGAAUCACUAAAGUUAUUUACUAAGAUCUCUUUUGCUCAUUUGUGCUUCUGUAACAGUGUCACUGUGGGCAUUUUAAUUCUCUGUAACAGUAUCACUCCCCGGCUUCUCUUAGAGAAACUGUUUUUGGGAAAUCUGCUUAUUUGCCUUCUUGCCCACAGUUAAACAGGAACAUUUCUACCAGGUCCCGUCUGUGCUGAAAGCCUCUGUGCACUUUCUGAGAGAUGGUACUACCUAUUUCAGUCCCAUUUUGCUGUGUUUUAAUUAGAAAUUGUAUUCUGUCCUUGAGAAGAUUGGAGACUCAUAUCCAUCCAAGCUGUCUUCCAUGAUAGUUAACAUCCUUGUUGUUCUCCUCUGAUGCCACCCUUGAUUGCCCAAAUAAACACUACUGCAGAGCCUCUGGAGUUCGCUCGCUCCUUUACUUCCUCCCUGUUGGAUCAAGAGCUGGUGUGCACAAAUAACAAGUCACUGUAUUGCAAUAUGUCGUAGAGCUGUAAUGUCAACAGCAUAAAGACUUGCCAGCCGUACACACCCUUUCCUACUCUGCUGCAUGUUGAUCUAGUGUAGCAUGUGGAAACAACAUCAAGCAGCUGUAGAAAGAGUGACUGAACUGUGUGGUGACAUUACAUCAUCUUACCACUGUGGGGUAGUACUGUACCUUCAUUCAGUAAGCGAGUCCUGAAUCCCAAACUGCCAGUUAGCUGUUGCAGGAAUAUACUGUGUGUGUGUGUGCGCAUGUUGGAUCCUGAAACUAUAUUUCCAUCCCAGGAUUAUUCCCUUUCUGGCAGGUUGAAUUCAUAUUCUGAUGGAUGAUGGGUAAUCAGUUUGAAUCCAUUGUGUCAGUGAAGUCACUUUGUAAAUACUGUACAUAAUUCUCUGUUUGUUGUGAGACUGAUCACGUGCUUCUGUUUGUGAACUGUAGGUCUUUAAUUAUAAACGUACUGUAUAAGCAAUAGGUGUAGUAAUGCAUUGUGGCCACUGUGUCGAUGAGGAACACGCGUCUAACUGUAGUUAUGACCCUGACAUCUGUUUGCUGUAAUCAUACAAAGUGUUUGCAUAUAAUGUUGUGCAAUAAUCUCCAGCGUAAAUGUACAUUAUUCCUGCUCAGCGGGGAGACAUGUCUGCAUGCACUGUCAUCAUACAAAGCAUAUGGAAAGCUUUGCAAACCUCUGUCCAUGAUACGCAGUUUUUAUUUCACUCUGUUAAUGCUCUCUAGUGCCCCUCUACAUGUGCCCUGUGCCCCGUUCUAAACCUUAGAAACAUAUUCCAUUGUAUUUUUCAUGAACAUUAAACCUUUGCACAGCCCUCUGGGUUGGUUGAAGUAUUGAUCUGCAUAUUGUACUUGUUAGCUCAGCAUGAACCAUUUGCACUACAUUUAGAAUCUCUACGCUGCUGUCAUCCUCUGAAUACUGUUAAGUUAAUGCCUUUUACAGUUUGUCCUGCAUGGCCGUGCACACGUCCUCUCUUUCUGGAUGAAAAGACCAUUUUAUCCACACUGACUCUGUGUAAAGUUCGAUCAAGUGAAAUUGCAUCACAUGAGUGUAUUAGGUUUCUGUGGAACGUCCCAGCUGAUUAACACACAUGAUGAGAAUAUGGUCCACGUGUCCCCACUUGGUGGUCAGUUAUGGGGCUUCAUCCCAACAUUUAAUCAAACAAUGCACUGAGUGAUAGCAGCUAACCAGCUGUUAGUCACAGUAAGGGCAGUGCACUGAACACUUGCUUGCUAGCACGUUGUGGCUGUGUCACUGAAAACAAAUGAAAGGCCACUGUGGCUAAUGCAGCCUGUCACACGUUGCCAUGCUUCUUUAUUAAAGACAGAACACAGACUUCUAUCUCAUUGUUUCUGUAAAAACAAGGGAGGAAAAAGUUAAAUAGUGCUAGCAGUGUUAUCAGAUGUCUGCCAUAAUGGAACCUUAAUCUCUAUAAAUCAGUAAUAUACUGCAUGUUAGUUUAACAGACAACUACCACCCAGUACUGAUAUUUAUAUAGAUAUGCUGCAUCAUCACCACAAAUGACACUGCUAACAACUGACAGCAAAUGAUGCAUUUGCAAAUCAAAGAUAAAAAGCAAAGGCCUGUCCAUCUCGGCCUGUGUGCUAUGAUGUUAGCUACCGUGGAGCUAGUGGUCUGCUGGAAACACGAGGUUAUAAUCACUGGGUAUGUUGUCAUUACUACAAAGCUGACUGAUUAAACCUGGCUCCUGUGUCGUCUGCUGCACAUAUAGACGCCUCUGGUCAUAUGUCCAGUAUGGAGAACUCACUGUAGCUGUUUUACUGUGCUCUUCUUACAUUUGCAUGAACAUCUCUUAAUGUUGAAUCAUUUGCUGAUGCUGUAAUAAAUUUAUUUUUGAUGUCA